CAUUCCCUUACGGACAAUCUCAGGUUAUUUUCACAACGAAAAAAAUAAACUGCGUUAGCUAAUAUCCGCAGAGUUUGCCCGAGUUGAUAUAUCAAAGCUGUCAAAGCUCAGCUUUCCCAUUUAUGGUUUGCACCUGAAGCUCUCGGGUUUAUGCUUAGAAUAUAUCAAACUUUGGUGUAACGUACUUCUGCGUGCAUAUCACUAUUAACUAUGAAAACAAAUUCAUUUUUUUGAGCCAAGAAAUGUUUAAUUCCCUUCAAUUUUCCUUUUAGUAUAUUCAACCACAUGCACAAAUGCAAACAUCGCAAAGAAUAACAAUGGCAACCGCAAACCAACAGCAUUUAAUUCAACAACAUGCUGGUCCUUCGGCAGCGACACAGGGGCCAAUGAUAAUAAGAAAACGCAAUCCUGAACCUAUGCUGAAUAGCGGUAUGCAACAAGCGAAGAAAAAAAGAGCACUUGACCGAAACAUACCGGAGAAACUUGAUACACUCGUACCCGAGUCUCUUUUAUAUACGGAACUUCAAAAUUUUGAAAAGAGGCUAGACGCGACAAUUAUGAGAAAACGCCUUGAAGUACAAGAGACAAUUAAUAAACCAAUGAAGAUUAAACGCACACUACGAGUCUUUAUCUCCAACACAGCAGUUAAUCAAAAUCCUCAGAGAGAUAGUGAAAGUAAUGACAUUGGAUUUGGAGACACAAAUGUUCCAGCUUGGAUAUUGAAAAUUGAGGGAAGACUACUUGAUCCAUCAAAUUCAUCCAAGACUAACAAAAUUCCGUCUCGAAAAUUUUCUACUUUUUUUAUUUCUAUUAUUGUUGACUUGGAUAGAGACCCUGAAAUGUAUCCAGAUGGAAAUACGAUUGAGUGGAAUAAGACCAAUAAUACUGAAGGAGUUGAUGGAUUCGAGAUUAAGCGAAAGGGAGAUACCAAUGUUAAAUGUAAAAUAUUUUUAAAUUUAGAUAAACAACCCCCAAGAUAUAAAUUGUCUGAAGACUUGGCAUCAUUGCUGGGAAUAAAAGAAGAAACAAAAACUGGGGUUAUUUUGGCAUUAUGGCAAUAUAUCAAGCAUCAUAAUUUACAAGACAAUAUUGAAGACAAAAGAUUCAUUAAUAAUGAUGCACGUUUAGAAUCACUUUUUAAUUGUCCCCGAAUGGCUUUUCCACAAAUACCGGAAUUAAUUAAUAUGCAUUUACAACCAAUUGACCCUAUAACCAUUGAUUAUACAAUUCGAGUCGACAAAGAAUUUCACCAAUCAAGAUAUGCUUACGACAUUGAAGUUGAAGUUGAUGAUCCUAACAAGUUGAGACUUCUUUCUGUUUUUAAUAAUAAUGCGAGCCAAAGAGAAGUACAGAAUUUGGAUGACAAGAUUGUCCAAUGUGUACAAAGUAUAAAUAAUUCGAAAACAAAGCGCGACUUUUUAUUAAAUUUCGCGAAAUCACCCGUUGAAUUUAUUAAUAAAUGGGUUGCAAGUCAAAGUCGAGAUUUAGAAGUCAUAUUAGGGGAAAGUCACGUCAAUCUUGAAGAACAGAGAAGAUCCGAAUUUUACAAACAAAGUUGGGUCAAUGAGGCUGUAUUCCAUUACGCUACUGCACAGACUCAGAGAAAAAUGCAUGAAUUAUUAGGAUCAAGUAGCAAUAUUAGAAAUGAUCAGAGAAGAUAAGAAAUAGCUAUUGUUAAAAAAAAAAAAUCCAAUUUUAUCAAAAUAUUUUCUGUAAUACAAUUUGUUUACUGCGGCCAUGUUUAUGUUUAAUACAAAAUCAUUCAGAACGUAUCACAUUACACAAGAAAAUUGGAAGAAUAAAGAACAUAAAAAAAAA